UAGCGACCUUUAAUUAGGUCCUUUCGUAAAUUUAAAAAAUGAAAACGAAUAACUCUUCCCUCUAUGUAUAAAAAAAUAAUAAUAAAACAACGCAACUGGAGCAGCGUUUCAACGUUUCUGACAUGUUUCCGAAACGGAAACUCCUAGACCCCCGUAUGGUACCUUCCUGGCCGCCUUUGCAAUUUGCGAAAAGUUGAAAUCGCGUUUCUGUCAAAAAAAAAAGAAAUUAUUCUGGGAACUUCGUUAUGUCGCGCUUCCGGGCGUAAAACUAUUUCCUUCUUCCUUUCUCGUUGGUCGCUACCGCUGUUCUCCCUGGGCUUUUCGUCUCAACUGUCCUUUGAAGAGCCGGCGACCAGAAUGUCCUCAUCGAAAACCGUUAGCCGAUCCAACCUCAAACCAUGCUAGCUGCUGACUGCCUAAAAAAAAAAAAAAAAAAGAAGCCCGUGGCGGCAGUGGUGGGUAGAGAGGGGGAUGUUGGCUGAUGUUGCACCGCAAAUAUGGAAUGGAAUCCGUCACACUGCAAAUACCUUCAUUUACAGCUUACAUAAUUGUGGUAGAUUUCAAAACCAAUUUACUGGUGUUUGUAGUGAACCGGGCGACUUCAGCCAACAUGACAGACAAUCGAGGACCAUUUUUGAACAAGGAUGAAAAUACUGCUGGGCAAUCACCAUUCCUUAAAAUCAAGCGUUGGCAAUGGUGGCUUUUGGUGGCAAUCAACAUUUUCUUCCUUAUUGCAGGCCAGUCUGCUGCUGUUCUUCUUGGGAGAUUUUAUUAUGGCGGAGGUGAAAUAGCAAAUGGAUGGCAACUUUGGUUCAGACUGUUGCUUUCCCAAUCCUUUGCAUCCCUCUCUUCGUACUUCCAUCCCAUCAAGCACCUUCAAUUUCUUCCACCUCACCUUCCGUUAGGAUUCUCGCCUUAAUAUACUUCUUUCUUGGAGUACUUAUAGCUGGUGAUACCAUGUUAUAUUCUACUGGACUCUUGUACCUCUCUGCCUCUACUUCUUCUCUCAUUUGUGCAUCCCAACUAGCUUUCAACGCCACUUUCUCAUACUUCAUCAAUUUUGAAAAGUUCACUUAUUUAAUUCUCAACUCUGUGGUUGUGCUAUCAUUUUCUGCGGCCCUCAUUGCAGUCAAUGAUGAUUCAGAUGGCCCGUCAGGAGUCUCUAAGUGCAAGUAUAUCAUUGGCUUCCUUUGUACUCUUGGUGCUUCAGCAAUAUACUCUCUUUUGCUUUCUCUCAUGCAGCUGUCCUUUCAAAAGAUCAUAAAAAAGGAGACAUUUUCUGUGGUGUUGGAAAUGCAGAUUUACAUAUCACUUGUUGCCACCUGUGUCUCUAUCAUUGGCCUUUUUGCUAGCGGGGAAUGGAAGACUUUGCAUGGAGAAAUGUUGACUUUUGGCAAGGGGACGAUGUCUUACAUUAUGACACUGGUUUGGACAGCAGUUUGUUGGCAGGUUUGUUCUGUUGGUGUUGUAGGCUUGAUUUUCUUGGUAUCUUCUCUCUUUUCCAAUGUAAUAAGUACUGUCGCCUUGGCUGUCUCUCCUAUGGCUGCUGUUGUGGUUUUCCAUGACAAGAUGAAUGGUGUGAAGGUUAUAUCUUUGCUUAUGGCUUUCUGGGGUUUUGGCUGUUAUAUUUACCAGAAUUAUCUUGAUGAUUCAAAGGUGAGGAGAGAACAGCACGAUGUUAUUGAAAUACAUCAUGAUUCUUCAUUUUGAUAACUUCAGAAUUGAUGCUAAUGAAAUCCUUAGUGAUUCUUUAUCUUA